GUUUUUGUUUGCACUUGUCACCAAAAUGAAUCUCUCAUUUCUCAUUGAUUAUGUCAGAAACAAGAAGAAUCCAGAUUUCAAUGAAUUUGUGAACAGCAGUCUAGAAAACAUUAUGGCUGUCUCCUAUGGAUUCCAAGGCAAGUCCCCGGAUCUACUGUUUGCGUAGUGGCGACGAGAAUUUGCACUAGAGUUGAACAGGCAAAACAAGGACCCUCACCUCCUCCAAAAGAAGAUCGCGUACAAUGAACAAAAAUGGGUAGAAGUCAAGAAUGCUAUCACCACCUUGAAGGCUUGAAAUCUUUGGCAGAUUCUGCCACAUCAUCACGCCACAUCUUGACCUUGACCAAUGCACCUGCUGACGAGUCUUCCAACGCAUCUAUUAACGAUGCCACCAGCAGCUCACCUAUGGAUGAUACGACCAAUCCACUUGUUGAUGAUACUGGUCAACAUGCUGAAGAUACCAUCGAUGAUAACGACGGCUUUCUUUUCCCUGGUGCUGAUGACAUCUUUAGUGCUGAUCAUCGAGACUUCCAACUGCACAGACUGACGUACAAAAAGAUACCUUGCUGGUGGACUCUGGCGUGA